GAUAGGCCAGAAAGGUUCUGGAGACUUUCUAGUAAACGCAUGUGGUGACCAAAACACAGCUGUUGCACGAGAGAUGGAGCUAAUAAUGUAAACAAGAGUAAACAUUUUAUGUUGUUGCAACUCAACUGCACAAAAUGACCAAGCUGCGCUACCUGAGUGUUCUCCUUUCCCAGCGCCUGACUUUGGCAGCCCAAGAGAUUUUUAAGGACGUGGAGGAAACCAUUUCAGAGCUUCAAGAAGAAGUAAAGCUGGUGAAGCUAGAAAAUGCCAAACUUAAAUCGAAACUACGGGAGGCUGGUUCAAACAACAGCAAUGAAACAACUCCUGUUGGUCCUGAAGAGCUCCAAAAUGGUGGGGAACAGAGACCUGAGGUAGCUCUGGAGGACAGUUCCACUAUUGCAUCUUUAAAACAGGAACUAGAUGCACAGGGUGAAAAUGAUGGAGGCUCCUUGGACAGUGAAAAGAGAGAAUGUGUUGCAAUGCAAAUUAAGAUGGAGACUGAUUUCACAGAGUGCAGCCCCAACCAGUCAGCUGAGCAAAUUGACCCUAGAGUCACAGUAAGCAUUGCUGUGGACUCCCGUGCACCUGUUUUCCCCUGCGUGGAGAGGACAUGGAGUGUUCGUGAUUCAGCUGCUAAAGAAGCAGAACCUCAGGCUUCCCAGAUUCAGGAGAGGAGUGGUGACAUCCUUGAAGAUGAUGGCAGACAAGAAAAUGUCCCAAAGUCCAGCGAUACUGAAGCGACAACACAAAUGACUUGCAGCUGGAGCGUCAACUGCCCUCCAGUAAAUGAUGACGGUGAAGAUGAUUGUGGUGUUUUUGAUGAUCGUGAUGGUGUUGAAGAUGAUGGUGAUCAGGGAGGGAAUGACCAUGUUAUGGACCCUGCUAAGGAGAGGGAUAAUAUGGAUGUGGGAAUGCCUCACAAACCUCAGAUGCCUCAGAAAAGACCUUGCACCCGGUUGGAGCUCUCCAGAUGUGGCAAGAAGUCCUCUGACAAUGGCAGUGAAGAAAUCACUUUGGACAAAGAAACCAGCUCAGAAAAUACCAUAAUAGUUAGAACAGGGAAACCUCGAGGGAGACCAAGGAAGCAUCCUCAAACUUCCACACCUAAACAAGAGUCCGGUAAUUCACAACGACAGCUUAGAUCUGGAAAUGACAAAACGGAGGUCAGAGGCAGGCUACAUAAGAGACAAAAGAAGCAUCAGACAUCGACAAAUAACUCUGUUGAGGUUCAUGAAAAAAACGGAGUUGGGAGACCUAAUCGAAGGUCUAGAAGGAACUUGGAAAAUGAUGAAAAUAUUGUAGUGCAAGUGUUCAACACAGUGGUCAGCACAAAAAAUCCAAGGGGCAGACCAAGAAAGAAUCCUCAGAUUACAAUUGUCAAAUCAGCUGCAGUGUCCAUGGAUCAAAAUGAUAGCAUUUCAGAAAAGUCACAUGUCUCUGAAGGCAACAAAGAUGGAUCAACACCCCAAAGAAGAAGUGGGAGACUGAGGGAGCGUUCUGAGAUACGUUCUGAAGAUGAAGAGAACACUGCUGUUCAAGAGGCAAACUCAAAAGUCAUAACAGGAAAACCAAGGGGCAGACCCAGGAAACAUCCUCGAAUUACUAUUGUCAAACCAUCAGAGGUUGACUUGGAUCAUGGUGAGAGUGUUUCAGAGGAGCCGUCUGUCUCUGAAGAUAAUAAAGACUUGCCCAGACCUGAAAGCACAACUAUGAGUCUGAGGUGUAUUGAUGCCUUCACAGUCCAGUCAAUUCAGACGGACCAUCAAGAUGGUUAUCCAAAUGGUGAACCUAGUUCUCAUGACCGAGAGAGUAGGUCAGGGAGGCUACCAGAGGGAAAGUCUACAGGGCAACUUGAAAUAUCUAAAGCAGAAGCAACUGAAGUGAACUUGAAAGGUGAAGAAAACAGUUUAGGUCAAGAAUCAAACCCAAUGGAUGGAGCAGAAAGACCAAGGGGUGCAGACAAGAACGAUACCCAGACCACUUCAGUCAAACCAGUUGAGGUGGACUUGGAUCAAGAGGAUAGUGUUUCAGAAGAGCUGCCUAUCUGUGAAACUGACACAGACUUGUCAAGACCAAAGAGAAGAAGUGGAAGGCUGAGGAAGUGUACUCCUAUUUCUCCAACCCAGCCAGAUGACAUGGACCAUCAGGAUGACUCUUCAAGCGAUGAAGCCAGUUCUGGAGAUGACGGAGAUUUGUCACUUUUAGCGAGGCCAAAUAGGACAUCAAUGAAACGUCCUCGAUCUUCGUCCUCAGAAUACGAUAAUGAUAUGGAACAGGAUGAUGAUGAUUCUUCAGAUUCCAGCUGUGGAGAAGCUCUGCUCGAUUCAACCAGAAAGGAGGGACCCAGAAAGCAGCAUCGGAUCUCAAAAAUUGCAGCCGUAGAGGAAGGAUUAGAUCAUGUCUCUGUCCUUCAUAAGGACAUGGGACUUGCCAAGAGGCAUUACUGUUUGUAUUGUGCAAAACCUGUUAGCAAGUUAGCCAGGCAUUUAGCUUUGCGCCACUACAAUGAAAGGGAGGUGAUCAAGGCUCUAACUCUCCGCAAAAAUUCAAAAGAAAGGAAAACUCAAAUUGCACUCCUGCGUAACCGUGGUAACCGUGAACACAACAAUCAAGUUCUGAAAGAUGGAAAAGGACUCCUAAUUCCAUGCCGAGUCUUUAAGUCACAUGAUCCUAAAGACGUUGUAACCUGCCCUGGUUGCUCUGGCUUGUUUUCCAAGGAGUCCAUACCUAAGCACCUUAAAUGCUGUACAUUCGUCACAACAGAGGGUGAUUCUGAUCGAAAUGCAUCACGUACUGUCGUUAGGCAAGCUUCAGAGAUCUUAGAGGUUCUGUCUGGGAUGUAUCAGGAUGAUGUUGCAGAGGCGGUUAGAGCGGACAAGGAUAUUCUUAAACUUGGACAGCUCAUGUGUGAUAGAAAAAACGCUAAUGACUACAUCUGGCAGAGACUUCGUGAGUUGGGCAGGUUAGUUUUGAAUGGUCGAAAAAUCACACCAUUGUAUCAAAUAGAGGAUUAUAUCCGACUGGAAAACUGGGAUCACAUGGCUGCUGUUGUGAAGGAUGUUGCGUUGUACAGUGAGACCACGUGUACUUUUACCAUUUCCAAGUAUGCUGUGAAUAUCAGGCGCAGCUUGGACACAAUAGCAGGGAUUCUCUAUUGUGAAUCACAAGCCGCUGGAGAUAAGGAAAUGGUAGAAAUUGCCGAAAAGUUCCAGGAGAAUUUGAAGAUGAGGUGGCACCAGACGUUCAUGGCGCCAGAAAAGUCAGACGGCAACAGUCCAUUGUUGAAACUUGCUGAACAGACCAGCCAUCAAGAUCAACAAGAUGACGAAGCAAGUGACGAAGACGUCAAUGUUGCACAGUCAAGGACUGAGCACGAAACGCUGGUAAAGAAUCACAGCGGUGUCCCAGUCUUGCCAGCCAGUCAAGAGAAUGAGGCACAGAACACACUAGGAUCAAUAAUAGAGGAGACCAGCCAUGGUAGGACAGAUCCUGAUGACACUGGAAGAGAAGAUAACAUCAGUGCUGCACAGUCAAAGACAGGGCAUGAAACGAAUGUCCACAGCGGUGUCCCAGUCUUGCCAACCAAUCAAGAGGAUGAGGUUCAGAAUACACUGGAAUCAACAACAGAGGAGCCGCUGGAGAGAAGUGAUAUCAGGCCCACGGUCUGUCCUGAAGAUGAUCUUCAAAGAGAUGGGGAUGCCAAUGACGACGAUGAUGUUGAUGGUGAUGAUGAUGAUGCUGGUGAUGAUGACGACGACGAUGAUGACUGUAAUGACAAUGACGAUGAUGAUGACUAUGAUGUGGCUGAUGAUGCUGAAGAUGACAGUGACAGCAGUCAUGAUGGUGAUGAUGGUGAUGAUGAUGGAGAUGAAGAUUGUGCUGAUAGUAAUGUUCCAGCUAUCGGAUUGGAAAACAAAAAUAAUACUGCUGAGGAUGGAGACCUGAAUGAACCGUGUGGCAGUGCCCAAAAUGACACUCCAACCAAACCACCCGACCAGUUACAAGUACCGCAAAUAUCCACUGCAGGAGUUUCUAUGUCGUCUGUAAACAACCAUCGGGACAGUGUUUCAGACCAGAAAAAUGCCCCCAAGAAGUCAGGUGCGUCAAAUAAUGAUGCUAAAGUUGUUUCCAUCCUUCAAUACACCAAAUGCCGCAAAAGACACCACUGUUUGUUCUGUAAAAGGCCUAUGUCAAAGAUUUCAAGGCAUUUAGAAAACAAGCAUUACGAACAAGAAGAUGUGGCCAAAGCUUGCAGUUAUCCCAAAGGAAGCAAGGAAAGGAAGAUGUAUCUAGGGCAACUACUUAAAAGGGGUAAUCGUGCGCACAACCUCAGAGUCCUAAAAGAAGGGAAAGGAGUUCUCGUUCCAUGUAAACGGGGGGCGGGAAAGCCUGGUGAUUUUUUGCAUUGCCCCUUUUGUCAUGGCCUGUUUGUCAAGAGGCGUAUUGCAGAUCACGUUAAACACUGUCCAUUUGCAACAAACUUAGAUCGUGUUAUUGCCAAAAGGGGAAAAAGAGGAUCUUUAGCAGCAUUGCGUCUUAUGUCUGAACCCAUACCAGAAAAUGUUACUGAAGAGUUGUGGAAGGUUCUGCUGAGUUUGCAUGAGGACGAAGUUUCUAUGGCAGUCAGAGAAGACAAAUAUGCCCUUCUGAUGGGACAGCAGCUUUUGGAAAAGGGGACAGGACAAGAAGCCAUCCAGCAGGUUUACAUUAGGCAGAGACUUCGAGAGCUGGGAAGGCUGCUUGUCAGCAGCCGCAAGAUCUCCCCAAUGCAUAAACUGGAGGACUUUAUACUGCCAUCGAAUUGGCACCAUGUGAUUGCAGUUGUCAAGGAUGUUUCGGGGAACAAUAAGGAGGAUUCCACUCUCAAUUUGACAUUCCUGCAACACCUUUAUCGGAGCUUGCAGAAGAUUGGAAAACUUGUGGAGUUAGAUGCAGAAUCCAGCAAGGACGAGCAGAUGCUGGAAUUGGCAAGAACAUUCAACAGGAAGUUUGUGGAGCAGUGGAGGAGGCAGUUCCCUGCUCCUUUUGUGGCAAGAAAGAGUCAGCUAAGCCACAAUGAUACGAAUUUGCUGUCUUUCACAGAAGACAUCAGGAAUCUGCACACAUACCUCAAAGACAAACUCAGUGAGUGUGUGUCAGUACUGUGUACAUCUCCAGGCCCAACGGCUUGGAACAGUCUCGCUAGGAUUGUUCUUGCCCAGCUGAUCGUGUUCAAUAGAAAGAAAGCAAAGGAGAUCGCCGGGCUUACUCUGAAGGAUUUCAACACCAAGGAAGCCUAUGGCAUGCCAUAUGAUGACGAUGAGGAGGAUUUAACACCGUUUGAGCGUGAGCUUUGUAAGUUCACAUGCAGGAUGGAGAUUUCAAGAGCAACAGGAGACAACAUCCAUAUCCUCAUUCCUCCAGCUUUGGCCAACAUCAUGGAAACUAUGCUCCAUAAACGAAGGUUGUGUCACAUACGCUGUGACAAUAUAUACAUGUUUGCAUUGCCUAGUAUCAAAUCACACUACUUGGGUGUUGAGUGUCUGAAAAGCUUCGCUGAGAAAUGUGGAGUGAAGUGCACAGAAGCAUUGGCUUCAAAUGGACUGAGAAUGCACGUUGCUAUGGUGACCCGACUGCUCUACUUGAAGGAUGUGUCUCAACUAACAGACUUCAUGGGACUCAAUCUAACAACUCACCUGAAGAAUGAUUGUGUCCAACAAGAUACCCUGGAACUGGCAAAGCUUUGCAAGGUUUUUACGACCUUGGACAACGGACAUUUGAAAGUCCCAGAACAGACUGUAGAUGAGGUUAUUGUCAGCCCGGAUGAAAUUGUGCAGCCGGAUUAUUGGUCUUCAUCUGAAGAACUGGAAGAAGAUGAUGAUGACUACCAUCCCUCAAAGUCAGCUAAAGCACAGUCUGUUAACACAAGACGCAGGAGUGUAACGAAGCACACUCGGAGUGCAGCAGAAGGCCAGGCCGCCGAGAGUCGCCCUGUUCCAGCGAGCGCAAGACGGAGGAGUGUGCCGAAACAGAGAUGGAGUCCAGCAGAGGUGGAGGCAGUGGAGAGGCACAUGGCCAAGUUCAUCAGCUCAGGCACAACCCCGGGGAAGAAGGCCUGCACCGCCUGCAUCAUGGCCGAGCCGCUGGCUCUUAAGGACCGGCUGUGGGCAGCCAUCAAGUUUUAUGUCAGAAACCGCAUCACCACUCUACGCAGGCAGAACAGCAAGCCAUCACAGACGUAAUGUAAGGGCUCCGAGUGGGGACUAACGUGAGGACUACUACACACCAAUCAAAUAUGCUCUCACGGUCAUAAUGACUUUUGGCAGAGCUGAGACCCAUCAGUUUUACCCCAUUUUGUUUCCUUCCUUGCAGGGCCUUUUUCUUGUGAAAAUAAGGUAACAAGCAAAUGCCUUUUCUUGUAAAUAGUACGAUAGGACUGUAGGUCAGGUUUCCUAUGCCACAGUUUAUCAUGUUCUGUCUUGAUAGUUAUUUUUUAACAUGUGUCAAAUUAUCCCUUUUAAUUUUUCAUUUUAUUUUUUUACAUUCAAGAGACAUCUGUGAAAAAAGUUGUUAACUUGUUGAGCAAAUUUGUUAAAAUACAUUCCAUGCAACAGAUUUGUCCAGUUGUGCUUCCAGUUUUCUUUGAGUAAUUUUCCAAUUACUUUAGUGAUUGGAAUUUAAAAUAAAAUUGGAUGAUUUUCA